GUUCUGCCUGGUGACACUUUGGCCAGCAUUGCAGCCCAUUUCGACAGCACUCCUUCAGAGUUGGCCAGCUUUAACCGCCUGGUGUGUCGGACCCUCUUCAUCGAUCAGCUCCUCUCCAUCCCCAUCCUCUCCACGGUUAAGCAGGAAGAAGGCACUACAGGUCCUGUCGCAGACAAUAAUGCUCUACGAUGA